AUGUCAGACGAGUUAACCGUUCCGCAGGUCGUGGAUGACUUAACAGAUUUUCAUGAGGCCAAGCGCGCUCUCAAGGAUGUCCUGUCCGGCACUGCAGGUGGAAUUGCGCAGGUCCUUGUGGGACAACCAUUCGAUAUCACCAAGGUUCGUCUGCAAACCUCAACUCAAAAUACUUCAGCCCUGGAGGUUGUGAAAAGUUUGAUUAGAAACGAGGGAAUUUUGGGUUUCUACAAGGGCACCAUGGCACCUUUGGUUGGGGUAGGUGCGUGCGUGUCAUGCCAAUUUGGUACCAACGAAGCCAUGAAAAGAUUCUUUCGCCGCAGGAAUGAUGGCGACAGCCAAACAUUGAAUUUAUGGCAGUAUUACGUAUGCGGUGCUGUCAGUGGAUCCGCGAAUGCUUUUUUGGCUACUCCCAUCGAACAUGUUAGAAUUAGAUUGCAAUUACAGACUAAGACAGCAGCGAAUGCCGCCUAUAGUGGAUCUCUGGACUGCUUUAAGAAACUUUUAAAACGGGGCAGUCUUAUGCGGGGGUUCUCGGCUACCAUUAUGAGAACAUCCCAUGGCUUCGGGGUCUACUUUUUGACAUACGAAAGCCUGAUCGCACGCGAAGCGCAUAAAGGGGUCGAACGGAAGGAUAUUCCUUCAUGGAAAGUGUGUUUAUAUGGAGCAGCAUCAGGUGCUUGUUUCUGGGCGAUGACUUAUCCCUUUGAUGUGAUCAAAUCCGUUAUGCAAAGUGAUAACCUGAAAUCGCCGGUUUAUGGCUCCAAUCCCUGGCAGGUGGCGAAAAGUAUCUAUAAGGAAAGAGGAGCGCGUGCUUUCAUUAGAGGUUUCACCCCAGCUAUGCUGAGGUCUUUACCAGUUAAUGGAGCCACCUUCGCUACCUUUGAACUUACAAUGCGUUUGCUUAAAUAA